AUGUAUGAGGGGAAAAAUAUCCACUAUUCCUCAUCGGACAAGAAGCCCUUGUGCUCAUUUAGUUCUAAGGUCUGUAACCAGCAUCGACUCAAUGGCUAUGCUUUCUGUGUACGACACAUCCUGGAGGACCCAACAGCUCCCUUCAAGAGAUGUGCCUAUAUGGCCAAGUCUAGCAAGCAGAACUGCACACAGGCAAUACCUGAACAUGAAGACAGACCGUAUUGUAACAAUCACAUGCAGGUACUUGGUAUGCUUCCAAGGAAGGAAAGGAAGAAAAAAGAAAAAGAGAAAGAAAAGGAGACAGAAAAACCAGUUGUUAACGAGAUUACAUUAACUCCAGUACCUCUUGAAAACAAAACUGUGUUUAAUAAAAAUCGUGUCAAACCGAGGUUUGAAAAUCGAAGACUUCAUAUGUCAAAACUGCACAUGAACAAAGACAAUUCUGGUUUAGAUGACCCUGAGGAUCCAUAUGCCUUCCCUGAUACUGGUAAUGAAUCUGCAACAAAGGUCAACAGCAGUCCCUUGUCAUCCUCAGCCAAUGUAGAGACACUUGCAGUGACAACACCCAACUCUAGUGGGGGCAAAUCUCCUGGAGGAGGUGUUGAUCAAGGGGGUGUUUCAUCAAUAGCAAAGCUUUACCCAGAACUGGCUGAGAAACUAGAAAAAAUAAAACCAAAGUUUGAUAUUGUGAAAGGUAAGGAGAAAGGCAAAGAGCGUAGUUCAAGAACUAUGAAUAUUCUCCAGUCAAAGAUAGCACAAAAUCGAAUCAAAGACAAAAUGAAGAAAAAUCAAGAAUCGUCAUCCCAGUCUCAGUCGCCAUCACAUGGCUUCAACAACUGUGUUCCUAACAGUAUCAGCUUAUCACACAAUAUUGGCACCCCCAAUCACUCUGACCACGGUGACAUGGGGGACAAAACGCCUAACAGUGAUCAUGAUGGUUUGAGUCCACUUAGCUCAAAUGGUAAUAUUUUACCUGGACAUUCACACAAUCGUAUGGGCCCAUCCCAUCUGCUGCCAUCACCCACACAUGACAUGAAACGUUCAUCACAGACUCCCUUCAUGAUGAUGCCACAACAGAUGCUUCCUGGCCCAGGGAUUCCUCCUCCAACUCGAACUCUCCCACCAGAGGGAAUACCCCAUGGUAUGCUUGCAGAGAAUCUCCCAGGAAUGCCUAGGGCAGACCACCUACCGCCACACUACUCACGGGUGCAUCAUGCUCCCCCAAUACCACACAUGGAGAAAGUUGGGCCAGUGUUGCACAACCUACAGCAAGAACCUUCAGAUCACUUCCCAAUUCCUACAAGCACACUACCUCUGCAAAGUCUUUCUUCCCAUUCUCAGCAUCAUCAUCAGUUAAACAAUAUGGUUACACCAACUCCAGUAUCCAUGCCAUCUCCACACCUAUAUCCUCACCACCAUCCCUCCCAUCCUUCCCAUCCUCACCUCCCUCCUCAAAGGGAGGUACAGCCUCCUCCAAUGAAUGCACAGCCUUUACCCCCUCCUCCACCUCCCUACAGAAAGUAUCCAGCAAGUGUUUCCAUGACAAUUGCUCCAUCAGUGACGUUACCAACUGUGUCAACAAGUAUGUUCAUGUCACCAACAGUGACAGUAAAUUCAUCUUCUGUACAUCCAGAGGCAGUGUUACAAACUGGGCAAGCAAGAGAGCUUCCCCCACCUCCCCCUUACUCCUCUACAGUAUGUGCUACUCCUAAACCCCCAACAGUUACAAAGAGAUCAAAGUCCAAGCCUAAGACGUGGUCUAUAAGUGCUCCUGUGAUAUCCAAGUUAUUUUCUCCAGAGGCUUUGAUGAAACCUCACUCGCUCAAACAUGUACUACCUGAAGCAGAUGUGUCUAAGAGGCUCCACGAAAAGAAGGCAGCUAUCCAGUACUAUUUGAACUAUGUCAGAUGGAAAAUGCAGAACCACAGCUUUCUUGGUUCAGAUAUAAGAAGUUCAGACGAGGAGGCUAGUGAUGAUGAAAAUGAUGAUUUGUUGCCAUGGCAACCAGAGUGGUUUACAGUAUCAUCUGACGAGGAAGCAAAUGAGGAUGAUGAUGACCAAGAUGAUUCUCUGAGAACAGCAAAGCUAGCUUUAAUUCGCGCGAGGUUGAGACGUAGAUGUUUCCAAUCCCGCAAAUCUUACCGUGCCAAUACCUCAGAGCGACUGCGACAGAAGACUGCAACCCUGGGUCUGAUAGAAGCCGCUCGUGAGGAAUCCAGAUCUGCUGUGAAAGCUUUACAUGAAAUAAAUUGCUAUGAAACCCCACCAGUCGAUAUAUACAAAGUGAGAGGACUUGUGGAGAGACAGUGCUGCCAUAAGAAUGACGAGGAGGUCCAGUGUGAAAAUGAUGUCUUACCCUAUGCCAACCACUGUUUGAAACAUAUUAUGUAUAAUGUCGAUCAACAAUUGUUUGACUACUGCACAGCAAAGUUUGCUGACAACACCCAGUGUUGUGUUCCUGUCAAUGACUUCAAACAUGAACUCCCACUUUGUAUGGAGCAUGGUCUCAAAGCUGACACGUAUUUGGAUGGAGAUACUGAAUUUAAACCAAAACGGCCGAGGAAAAAGACAAAGCCAUCUGCUCUAACAAGGCCACCAAAGAAAGGCAAAAAGAAGAAGAAUCAGAGGAAAAAUAUCCGUCCACAAAAACCGUCUCCACCAUCUGAACCAACUGGUUUGACAGAAAUGCCUGCUAUUGAUCCAAGUCUGUUAGAGUCUGAGGAAAAGGGAAACAUCUCUGAUGCGGACAUGUCAGGAAUGUCCAAUCCAGAUUUGAGCCAGACUGGCUCUGAGACAGAGACGUUUAAUGAGGUAUCGGAGUCUGAUGCACUGCCAGACAAAGUGGCAGAAGAGAGUACAGAAGUCAGUAAAACUGUGGAAUCUGUAGAAUCGCCUCUGCCAAAGGAAACAUCAGACAGACCAAGUCUGACUGAACUGCCAGAGGCUGCCCUUACUGCAUUAGAUAUGGAGAAAGGCCUCGAGCUACCUCUUGAGCAGGCAUCUCGCUUACUUGAGGAGACCGACUUCCAAGAUGUGUUCAACAAAAUUCCUGAUGAAACUUUUGAUCUGUUUUCAGGAAAGAAUGGCGAUGCGAUGAUGCCUACUCAUGAGGAUGUUGCAGAGUUGGAACGUCACAUUGCUGAGGCCAACAUUGACAUCAGUGUGGCACAGCAGGCUCUAGAAACACUCACCAAUGGGAGUAUGGAAUUAGAUGAUGAACAGCUCAAACAGAUUGCAGCAUCACUGCUUGGGACGUCUGUAAACAACAUGGCCCCUGUGAACAAUGCUGCUCCUACACCUCCUGUUCCUGCUUCAUCUACAGCAACUGGGGAAUUGUGCAAUGGAAUAACGCUGGAUGGUGGUCUAAAUGAUCAUGAUAUGAAUCGGACGUUACCAGAUAAUGUGGUAAUGGUGAACAGGAAUGCUGGGUCUGUUCAGGGUGGAGUUAGAGUUACAGUUAGUAGUGCUACAAGUAUGUACCAGACCACAGGCUUUAACCCCAAAGUGGACCGACGAACAUUAGUCAAUAAUAGAGAGGGGUUGGUUGCAUUGAAUUCUACUGUUGUGAACACACAGAAUGCCAGCCAGCAACAACGAUUCCCACAUCCGACAAUGGAUUUACAAGGGGCGCCAAUGGUGACAAACCUGCCCCAGUCAUUUAUCAGUCAUCAGAAUACACUGCCAAAUUUUACUGCAGGACAGGGACUUCCUGGGCAAUCCAACUCACAUCAGCAACAACAGGUGUUUCUACAGCAACAGUCUCAGUCUCAUGACUCCAUGCAGAGGAGCAUGCCCAAUAUACCUCUACAGCAAAUUGUGUCGGUGUCGAAUGUGUCUAGCAUCCGUACACCCAAUAUGAACUCUGUGGGCAACCAUCUUGGUAUUGAUAACCUUCAGAGUGUACUGGUCACUUCAGAUAAAGGGCAUCAAAUCAGCUCCUCUCCUCAGCAAACUACCCACCCUGGUGGUCAUAUCACCACCGCCUGGCCAGCUAAUCUAGCCAAUGUGAUCAGCUUCCAAAAUGGUUUUCCUCUACACAAUACAGGGUCUUUUCAGCAUGUUAAUGACAUUGCAGCCAAUCUGAAGUUUGGUGUGGGCUCCCAGCGCGUGUUACCCAGUGAGUUGAAACAGGACAUGACACAACAGUACCAUCAAGUGAUGGGGUCACCACAUUCCGCACCGACUGGUGUCAGGCCUGCGGCACCACCGUCUCAGGCAGUUUAUGAGGGUCAGCAGGUCCGACCCGGAUUCAGUAGACUGCCCCCUCCUUUUAGUGCAUCAACAGGCAAGGGCUCCUAGCAGAUAAUGACUUAACGAUUCUGCUCAAAUACAUGUUGUGUUACAGUCUUAGAGGAGAGCAUGCUGGUGAAGUGUGAAUGUGUCCGAGAAAUAUAAAGUAAUGGAUAGAACUUUGAUAAUAUGAUUAGUCUUUGAGACAUCAUGCAAAUUCAUUGAGCUAAA